AUGACCUUCAGGAGAGACAUUGUCUCUAAUGCGUAUGCGUUUGUCAGACCAGUGGUCGUCAGUCUUGUCUAUUGCCAAUGCUAUGGUGAUACGACGAGCGAGUCAAACGGUUCUGGGACAAUUAUUGAUGUUGAUGGCACAGUGAAUGUUAAAGUGAAGGAUGUUGGAACGUUAAAUGGUGUAGUGGUGAAAUUUGAUAUGGUACACGGCAUAGCGAUUGUAAAGAUACAAUCUAAGAAGGCAUUACCAGCGGCUACACUCGAGAUACUCAGGUGGACCACUUGUAAUAAACAUGUGGUUGGUGUCAACUUCUGGAAUACAAGGAAUGCAGAAGGGCUUGGAUUUGGAUUUGUUGUGUCAAUUGACACAGUCUACCAAAUUAUUAAGAAAUGA